UCACGGCGAAGAAGAAUACGGCUUACUUUGCAAAGGAGACUUGGGGACUCCUUCCCUAGAGGCAUCCCUUCCAUGUCCCACGCAUGCAUCCUCAUCGCCACCUCAUCUUCGUACUCCUCCCUCCUUAGGCCCUGUUCGUUUCAGAACCGCUGCGGCAGCAGCAGCGACAGAAAAUAUAACAGUGAUUCUAUUAAUUAAUGGAGUGAAACGUGGGUGAAGGAGCUAUUUAGUGUCGCAGCGGCAAACAAGAGACGUCGCUGAAAAAAUUGGCGUCCAUAAAAGACGUCACGGAGUUAUCCGGAAAUCACUUCCAGCGACUAUUUCUGUUCCACCAUAGCUACUUCGCUCUUCAUUAGUGUUAAUUUUCUGGUCGCUGCCGCAGCGAUUCCGUAACGAACAGGGCCUUAAUCACAUGUUCAAAGAAUGUUUCUCAUACGGCUUCUUUGCCUGACUUGGAGGAAGGAGAGUUCCGUGUUGACUUAUCGGCUUUCCAGACUUGGGGACUCUCUGGCGCUUUCUCUUUUGUGGACUAUUUUGUUUGUAUUUAAGACGUGUAGUGGCUGUCAUCGGUUCCUCUGGGCCCAAUAAGUCUUGUUCAUAAGAUCAAUUGCUGCUAAUGUAACCGACCAUCAAAUGGACAAGACUUUUACUAAUCCCGCGGUCACUUUCACCUUCCAAGUACCAACGUUUUUCCUGUUAUUAUAAGCCACGGUUAACGUCAAAACUGAAUUUAAUCAAGACAAAAUUAAUUAGUCAUCACUAUUUAUAAUUUUUAUUUAAAUUAAAUAAUACUGUACAUAACCAACCUACGAUACAAAAUCAUGGAUCAACAUGGUAUGGAAAAGCCAUUACGCAAUUUGAAGAGGAAAUUUAAUAAUUUUUAUCUAAUAAAAACAUAUUGUUUUCUUGGUCUUCUACUUAAAAAUAAAAAUCAACGCCUUUGAUUCAGUCUAGAAAACUCUGUGAAAACGAUUUUUUUUGUUAUUUUUGAAUGAAUGUUAAAUUUAUUCUGAUCAAAUUUUUUUUUUACAACCUAUGUAACUUUGUUUGAGUUGUGUUUAUAGAAACUAUUUAAAAAACUGAUUCUAAAGCUCUCAUCUUCUCUCAUCAGCUUGUAAACCAAGCCUGCAAGUGUGUGUCAAAGCUGCCAUUUGCAGAGCCUCGGAGUGAGUCAAUGCGGUCCCUGACAAGUCUGUCUAUGUAGUUACUAAGGCGGCCUCGAUCUUGUAGAUGUUCACCAUGUUUUGUUCUUUUCACGUAGACUGAAGAAAUGAUAAACUAAUAACUAGUGAAAAUAAUCCUGAAAAUAACAAUCUAUACUUGUCCAAAAAAAUAAACCGUAGCUCGAAACAUAGAGGUUGUCAAUGUUCACCUGUAACUAUGUAGUUACUAAGGCGGCCUCGAUCUUGUGGAUGUUCACCAUGUUUGGAUUUUGCAUCUCUUGCCGGCCAAGCAAUCAUUGUCAAUGCCUUCUCCUGACUUUGUUAACUGUUUUUCUUUAGCGGUUGUACCGUCGACGAUUAUGUGUGUAGUCCUACUCCGGCAACUUCUCUGCACUUCAGUGUCACUGCAACGUCGGGAGAUCCAUGCAUUUUCAGAGACGGUUUUCAAUUGUUCUCAAAACCCAUUGGUUGGGUUCUUCAACGUCAAUGUCGACUUUUGUAUGUUCUUUCAAACGCGGGCUUUAGGACAACAAGCGAAGAUUUUCUACGGGGUUCUUUUUUCCUUAGCCACAUCUAUCUUUUUUAUGUUUUAGUUAUGUUUGCUUAUCAUUUUACCGUCGAAUAUCUCUUCGGUUGUAAUCGACUUAGCCCAUUGGGCGUUUAAUUUUAAUAUAAGCAUUGGUUGUUAAAAAAAAAAGCUUAAAACGUAGACUAGAAUUAACAAGAACCGUACGAGUUAGACAUGUGGAGGAGGCAACACAAACUCUAUCCACAUUUGCCGUAGAAGGCGGAGGAGGAGCCGCAAUUGGAUCUAGCCGACACUAAGCAAGCUUUUUUUUUAAUUCGCACACGAUGCGAUACACUUACAUCUUUGAUACAUGUGCCUUUCAGCUUCCUUCUUAUAUAUACUAGGUAGCUCGCAAAUAAUUAAUUCACAAAACCCCUUCACAAGCAACAAACUCUCAAAAAAAAAAACAAACUCCAAAAAUUAUAGUAUCAUUCUUCAGUUGUUUAUGUAGAUGGCUAGAUCAUAUACACCUCUGCUCGCCGUGAUGUGUGUUUUGCUACUGCCACUUGCGGCCAUGGCGGCUGGAACACCAUUUCAUAUAGAAGGAUGUGUUUACUGCGACACUUGCCGCUUUGGAUUUGAGACAAUCCUCACCAAAUAUAUCACCGGGGCAAAAGUGAAAAUAGUGUGCAAAGACAGUGUGACAUUGAAAUCGGAGGUUGUCGGUGAGGCGGUGACAGGACGCCGAGGAAGAUACAGAGUUGCCGUCGAAGGAGACCGACAGGACCAGCAAUGUCUGGCGGUGCUCGUCAAUAGUCCUAUCUCCAACUGCCAAUUCCCUGAUCCUGGUCGCAACACUGCCACCGUAAUCCUCACACGUUCUAACGGUAUCGCCUCUACUCGCCACUUCGCCAAUGCCAUGGGCUUCUUCCGGGACUAACCACUCCGUGGUUGUGCCAGUCUCCGCAAACACUACCUCCGGUGAUUAUUGAGCUAUUUGAGUCAUUUGACUCACCUUAUGUUCAUGCAACAAAAACAAAAUGUUGAUUUUUUUUUUGUGCGUAAUACUCUAGUUGAGUCUCUAGACACAUAUAAGAAACUAUAUAAAAUAAACUUGCAAUUUUAACUUUUCUGUUGUGAUGUUAAUGAAGAAGAGAAAUUUAUAAACAAUUUCAUCGUCCUUGCCUAAUGUUUGGCAUUAUUCAUACUUCAGCUGUGAUAGACUGAUAUCUAUUUCUAUGUUGGCU